UCCGCUCCGGCUCCCUCCCGUGAGGGAGUGCAGGGGCCAUCCGGGUCCCGGGGGGAGAAGCCGAAGUCGGCUCCGGCUGCCGCUCCGGUACAGAAAAUUAAAGCGCCGCGGACGGCCGCGGUUGUUCUUAACAAUAACGGGGGUACUAAAUCCUUCGCAGAGGUCUUGACCGCCGCGAGGGAGCGCGUAGAUCUUGCAAAAUUAGGAAUCGACUCCCUGAGGAUCCGUCCGUCCGCUAACGGGGGGAGGGUAUUCGAAAUAAAGGGAGAAAACAGGGCGGCCAAGGCGGCGGAGCUGGCCGCAGAGCUUUCGAAGGUCGUGGGGCCGAUGGGGGUCACGGCGACGUGCCCCGAGAGAAGGGUCGACCUCCGCGUCGAGGGCCUCUGCGAGUCCGCUACGUCGUGCGAUGUCGCCCUCGCGUUGUCAAGGGCGGGCGGAUGUCCCGUAUCCGAAGUGUUGGUGCGUCCUCCGGUCGGAGGGGGCGCACGUUCGCGACUGGGGUUCGCGUCCGUUCCCGCGGCCGCCGCGUCCGCUCUC